AUGGGUACUCACAGCAAGAUGCCAUCAUACAACCACGAGUCCAAGGAAUCCUUGAUAGAUAUCAUCUCCAAGGACCCUUCUGCCAUGUUGGGUAAGGAAAUCAUCGACAAGUUCCAUGCCACAAACGAAUUGCCUUUCCUUUUUAAGGUCUUGUCCAUCGGGAAAGUCUUGUCCAUCCAGGCUCAUCCCGAUAAGACCUUGGGUAAAAUGCUGCACGCUCAAGACCCCAAGAACUACCCAGACGAUAACCAUAAACCUGAAAUGGCUAUUGCCGUCACCGACUUCGAAGGGUUCUGCGGGUUCAAACCAUUGCAAGAAAUUGCUGAUGAAUUGAAACGUAUUCCUGAAUUACACAGCAUUGUGGGUGAUGAAACUUCCCAAGAAUUUAUCAAUGGUAUUGACACGUCUGCUCAAAAGGGUUCUCCAGAAGACGAGCAAAACAAAAAGCUUUUGCAAGCUGUCUUCAGUAAAGUAAUGAACGCCUCAGACGACGAAAUCAAGGUUCAGGCCCGCUCCUUGGUUGAAAGAUCGAAAAAUUCACCUUCUGACUUCAAUAAGUCUGAUUUACCAGAGCUAAUUCAAAGACUAAACAAGCAAUUCCCAGAUGAUGUAGGUCUAUUCUGUGGGUGUUUGUUGUUGAACCAUUGCAGAUUGAAAGCAGGUGAAGCUAUCUUCCUAAGAGCCAAGGAUCCUCACGCCUAUAUCAGUGGUGAUAUUAUGGAAUGUAUGGCCGCUUCCGAUAACGUGGUUAGAGCAGGCUUCACUCCAAAGUUCAAAGACGUCAAGAACUUGGUUUCUAUGCUAACCUACACCUAUGAUCCUGUUGAAAAGCAGAAAAUGCAACCUUUAAAAUUCGACAGAUCUUCCGGCUGUGGUAAGUCUAUUUUAUAUAACCCCCCAAUCGAAGAAUUUGCCGUCUUGGAGACUACUUUUGAUGGCAAGCUUGGUCAAAGACAUUUUGAAGGUGUUGACGGCCCAAGUAUCUUGAUCACUACAAAGGGUAAUGGUUACAUCAAGGCUGAUGGCCAAAAGUUGAAAGCCGAACCUGGCUUUGUAUUCUUCAUUGCUCCACAUUUGCCCGUUGAUUUAGAAGCAGGAGAUGAAGCUUUUACUACUUACAGAGCCUUUGUCGAACCAAAUUAG